UGUCACCCACAACUCAAAAAACUGAGGCAAUUUAGACAAAAAACAAAGAAAAGACAGCAAAAAUAUUGAUGAUAGAUUCUGUAAAUUCAUCCUGAAAAUACACAAGAAGAGAGAAAAUACAGUCCAUUUUCUCAUCUGAAUGCAUUACCAUUCAUUCCUUUUCUCAGUGAUGUGCAAAUGUUCAUAUCUGAAUGAUGAAGAAUUGAAAAACCAGAGAAACAGAAUUGCUCUUCCUUCCUCGGCUUCAUCCUCUCGAGUCACAACACCGACUAACCGGGUUUCUUCCCCUUCAUCAUCAGCUUCUCAAAGAGAGGUUUCCACCACAUUCUUCUCUUCUUCACCAAGAACAACACCAGAGGCAGAGGCAAGAGUUGACACUAGUCCUAAAAUCUCAUUAUUAUCAACGCGACAAUCAGAAGCGCUGGAAGCCGCCAAAUUAACAGGUUGGAUAGAGAAGGAUGAUGCUAGGAGUGGUGGUAACAACACCAACACCAACAACAACACCAACACUCCUAGGUUAUUCCUCUCUAAACUUAAACCAAGGAAGCUUAAAAGGCGCAUUAAUAUUGGCUCCACACUCUCUACUAGUAGUGGUUCAGGUGAUGUUGAGGAGCCUGAUUGGCCACCUUUUGCUGAUGAAGACUACAUUGUUUUCUGCUUUGAAGAGGAUGGUGCAUUUCAUGUUAUUGAAGACAGCCCCACCACUAUCAGUCCAAAGGUUAGCUUUUUUUACAGUAUGUUUGUACAUGACUCAACAUUAGAAUCUGAUCUAAUAUUUUCUGAUGAGCAGCUUCGAUGUGAAGAACAUGGGAAUCUCGCCUGCGCGUGUAGUGGGAAGAACAAGGAUGUAAAUCAUCUUAGCCUUAUAAACAGAAGAGACUGUCUGUUACCAAAUAAAGAGGCUGAGGAAGAAAUGAGUCCAAAGUUGAACCACAGCAGAACUGAUGUUAGUGAUCAUCUGUUGGCAAACAACAAAUUCGUACAUGAAAUUGAUUUGACUGAAUCGAUGGAUUGCAGAAAUGGAUCAGUUGAAUCAACAGAGUCUAGUCAGUUGGAUUAUGAAGAGCAUUUCCAGAAUGAACAUAACCCUGAAGAAGUUGAACAUUCAUCAUCACCCUGGAACAAUGUGAAUGUCAAUGCUCUCCUGGCUUUUAGGAGAGACUGUUUAUUAUCCAACACAGAGAUUGAUGAGGACGAUGUCUUUUUAAGUCCGAAAGCUAAAUUGGGAGUGAUGAUUAGUAUUGACGAACUAUUGAAAGGAGAUAAUGACAUAUCGAGCAUAGAGUCUGAUCAAUCUAGUGGCUUCAGUGGAUCAGACUCUAGAGGUGAUCAAGACGAUCAACUCGAGGGGAAUGAAGAAGAGCUUGCUUCAGAGUCUGCUAAAUCAAGCAUCUCGAAUCAAUCAAAUAUCAGCUCAACCUCCUUUGAAUUCCCAGUGUUGGAAUGGGCAUGGAUGGGCAGUCCAGUUACAUGGCCAAGAUCAGGGAGGAUUCAUUUCAGAAAGCACAAAUCUAGGCCUCCUGCAUGUCUCAGAUGUUGUAAAUUCUGAAUAAUGUCCUCAGAUUUACUUUCUUUUUUCCCUCGAAACCCCCCUGCUAGUCUACUAAAUAUAGAAAAUUAUUGCCAGAGAAAU